AUGAUCAGGCCAUCUGGUUCAAACGAAAUCACGGAACACUGUGGUGAUGAAAUGUCUGUCGAAGUGCGACAAGCAUUGCUGGACAAUCACAACCGAGAACGAUCGCGAGUAGCAAAAGGAAAUUACACCAUAAAAGCACCCGGAAGCGGAUUAUCAAGACUCCCGCCCGCCAAGCGGAUGUAUCAGUUGAAGUACAACUGCUCUCUGGAGAGGUCUGCACGGAAAUGGGUUCAACAGGCGCAAUGCCAAAUCGUUCACUCGAAUUGGCAUGUCGGCGAAAAUAUCUACGUUUCGGCCGAUUUUAGCGACAUGAAGUAUGU